UAAUGUGUACAACGACGUUAGUAAAUUUGUCAGUGACGUCACAGUGCUCGUCGUAGCAAGGCUCGUAGCAGCUCGUAGCAAAUGGGCCCCGUAGCCCUUGCUACGAAAAGUCGUAGCUGUAUUUCGUAGCCAACUUAAAAUAAAUAAGACGAGACAUGCAAAUUCUUGGCUAGGUUUUUACUUUGCCGAAAUAGCAAUUGAAAUUUUCAACGCUUACACUUUAUAUUAUGAAAAAUCAGUUUUCAGUGAGCGAAGCACAGCAGUUUGAUAACGCGCGAGUUUAGAGAACAAACAUGUCGCUUGAUCAAGCCGGUUGGUGUCAAGUCAUUUGAUUAGACAGGGACAGGUAUAGUUUAUCAGUAUAGUGCGAGUGAGACGGAUCUAUAGCAACAAGUCCGGAGCGGAGUGGGGGGCCGGCGUGUUAUCUUGUAAUGACGUCAAGACCCUUUCACUGUUCUGUGUUUGUACGCAGUGUCAGUCCGCGAGGCUCAAGCACGGCGCGAGCACGACUGACGCGGUUCGCUUGACACACAGAACAACACGCGUCUAAGAUUUACUUUUUAAAAUUUUAAAUUUCGAACUCGGCCAGGAUUCCACGCAAAGCGGUCCGCAGUCUGUUGGCCUCCGUGUGAAUACUGACGCCCAUUCUGUGACCAGCCAGCAGUUUGCAUAUCCUAGCACCAUGGGAGUGAUCAAAGUGACUCCGGAUGCCGCCUCCCUCAUCUCCGCCUGUGACUUGUUGGACGACAUGAAGAGCUCGCUGUCGCUGGGCCCGAGCCUGUCGGAGCAGGGGCGCGGGGAGCGGCUGGCGGUGCUGCGCUACGAGCAGGUGCGGCGCCUGCACGACGUGAUGGACGACGUGGUGGCCAUCCCCGGCCGCUGCGGCUUCCCCACGCUGCACGUGCGCCUGCGCGAGCUGGUGGCCGGCGUGCGCGCGCGCCUGGAGCUGGCGCAGGCGGAGGGCGGCGCCGGCGUCACCGUGCGCGACGUGCGCCUCAACGGCGGCGCCGCCAGCCACGUGCUCGCCGACCGCCCGCAGCCCUACUCCGACAUCGACCUCAUCUUCACCGCCGACCUGCCUACGGCGCGCCACUGCGACCGCGUCAAGGCCGCCGUGCUGUCGCACCUGGCCGCGCUGCUGCCCCCCACCACCCCGCGCCGCCGCGCCUCCCCCGCCUCGCUCAAGGAGGCCUACGUGUCCAAGAUGGUCCGCGUCAACGUGGACGGCGACCGCUGGUCGCUCAUCUCGCUCGGACACUCGCACGGCCACAAGUCCGUGGAGCUCAAGUUCGUGGACACGAUGCGGCGCCAGUUCGAGUUCUCCGUGGACUCGUUCCAGAUCGCGCUGGACUCGCUGCUGGCGUUCCACGAGGCGGCCGCGCUGCCCAUCGGCGAGAACUUCUACCCGACCGUGGUGGGCGAGUCCGUGUACGGGGACUUCCACGAGUCGCUGCAGCACCUGCACGAGAAGCUGAUCGCCACGCGCCAGCCGGAGGAGAUCCGCGGCGGCGGGCUGCUCAAGUACUGCGCGCUGCUGGCCAAGGGCUACCGGCCGGCGCGGCCCGAGCGCAUCAAGACGCUGGAGCGGUACAUGUGCUCGCGCUUCUUCAUCGACUUCCCCGAGCUGGGCCAGCAGCGCGCCAAGCUGGAGGCGUACCUGCGGAACCACUUCGUGGGGCGCGACGAGGAGGCGCUGAAGCCGCGCUACCUGACGCUGCUGCACGGGGUGGUGCGCGAGUCCACGGUGUGCCUCAUGGGCCACGAGCGGCGCCAGACCCUCGCGCUCAUCGAGCUGCUGGCGGCGCGCGAGCUGUGCGCCGCGCGGCCGCCGCCCGUGCUGCUGGCGCCGCCCGGCUACUACGUGUGCGUGUGCGCGUGCCAGCUGUGCGCGUGCGCGUGCGCGGACUGCGCCGCCGCCGCCGCCGCCGCCGCCGCGCAGGCGCCGCGCGCGCUGUGCCUCGCGUGACCGCUGUCGCCGCACCAACCCUCCUUCGAUCGAUGAUGAAUUUAGUGCCAAAUGUAUAUAAGUACGGAUAUAAAGAUAUAUGUAUAUGUAUGAUUCUCUAUUGUCCCGCUGGCGAGUGUCGUUGUAUAUAGGGAUCCGUGUCUAUGAUAUAACGAUGUAUCUUCCGCUUCUCGUUGUCGGCCCUGCGCCGGGCGGGCGCUACGCUCGUGAUGAGUUUGCCAUACGACGUGACGUGACGUGGCGUGACGUGACGAUUUCAUCACCAAAUGUGUGGAGACAAUUUUGUGGAGUCAAUUCGAGGUUUGCUCACCUUUCAAAGAUCAAUUUAGUUCCGUCAAUUCCGCGACCCCGGCCCGCCGUCGCGCGGCGAUCAUCACACCAAAAACUGCACUGCACUUUUUGCCAAUUAUUUUUAAAUCUAUUAUUAGGUAGAACUAUUAUCUACUAUAGGGAGACUGUAGUCUACGCUUACUAAACGGAACUAACGUGAAAUAAUUUCUAGUCGUACUCCUUUCGUGUUGAUAGAUCACUUAAUAUGUGAGCAGUACGAAAAUUAUUAUACACGUUGAACGCUAUAAAAUGUAACAGUGUCUAUAGUACAUAUUUCAGACAUAGUCAACUCUAUUGUGUAACCGAUAUUUUAGAUAAAAAAUUGUCUCCAUAAAAUUAGUGAUAUAAAGUUUUGAGAAUAUUUUAUUGUGUAUAACUUUUGGCAUUGUUACUGUUAGUGCAUUCGCGGGCGAGUGGUGUUGAGCCGCCGGCCCGCGCGAGACAUCUCUUAUAAAUAUUUAUUGUUACUUAUAUAAAAUGAUUGUUGUCAAUAUCAAGUUACAAUUCAGACAAGGAAGUUUAGGCCUAUUAUAUACAUCGUGUAAUAUUGUAGCGUUGUUGGGUUAUUGAAGGAAUGAGCGUUCCGUUUAUUGCUAUGGGAUACAUAUAUUAUAAAGAUGUAUUUUACUAUGUAUUUAUAAACUAAAGAAUAGUAUAUUAUACAAUUUCUCCUAUUUCUUGAUUGCUAUAGUAUUGUAUACGGCUUGGCUCGAUCGUAAUAUUAAAAAAACAAAAAUCCAAAAAAAAACUAAGUUGUGUACAAUAUUAAAGAUUAUUCACAUUUAAAACAAAUAUUUUAAGAGAAUUUACAAGUAGCAGUCAUGAUAGUAACAGAGUACUUAUGAUUUUUAACUUUUCAUUCAAUUUCAUGUAAACGAGUAGAUUGUUUGAAAAAAAUGUGAUUUAAAUUGUUGUAGUGUUAACUUACUGUUGUCGAAGGAUUAUUAUAUAAUUACAUAACAUUUAUUAUGUAGAAUAAAUCCAAUAGAGAGAUAUAUACUAUUAUUGUUGUACUUUAAAGGAUUCUAGUUAUACGAAUGAAGUUUUAACAGUCCGGCCAAAUCGUGCAUGUCAUAUUAAGAUGAAUUUGCCAAUACAUAUUCAAAGAAAAAAAUAUAUGUAUACAUACUAGUAUUGCAUGGAAAUCUUUAUAGCAAGUAAGCACUUUGUUAUUCAAUUUUUGAGUAGAUUAAAUAUAUUAUUAUCCCGUGAAUCAAGUACAAGCCGCUUCUAGUAUAAUCUCUAUCGAUACUUCGAAACAGUGUCAGGACUUAAAUGUUGAACGAAUUUCUUACUUUGCUCACUGUCGAACCAAAAUUGAGAUCUCAUUUUUAUUAAUUCCUCAAAAAAUAUAUAUAAAAUCAACUUGUGAAGAUCGUUGAGUAACUUGAGGUGUUUCAACAGACUGUCUAAAUUCAAGUGUAUAUUGUUACUGGACGUAGUCCAUCACGACACGACCACUGAUGAUGAACCUCGAACUCAACUUCAUAGUUGUCUGUACUUAUACAUAAAUGAAGUACAUAAUGUGUAGCUAACAGAAUCUAAAACAUAUUCCAUUUUGAAUAAGAGUGAAUAUAAGUUAAUUAUUACUCUAGCUAGUAUAUCGACUCGCUAUAUCGAAACAGGCGCCUAAGUUGUGAAUUGUAGUGUUUUUCGACAGGUAUUUUUAAUGUCUUUUAUAAUAAAUAUGACUAUUAUAAAUAGCUGUGAUUGUAAUAUUGUUCUUCGUAGAUCAGGUUGACGUUUGUCUCCUUGUGUAUAAUCCCGUCAGUUCGUAACUUAAAGCUUCAUUUAGCGAACACAUUCAAAGACAGUUUAAUCCUACAUAAUUAUGUCCUUUCACUAGAUGUAAAUGAGUAAUGUUACAGUUAUGAUAUUGGUUUAAUAAAUUUGAUGUUUUUGAAAAGUACAUUUGUCCAGAAACAAAAAAAAACACUAAUAGAUCUCAGCAAUCUUUGCUGGUAAAUGGCCGGUCAGGCAAUAACCUCGCCCGUGGCAUGUUGAACCCUGUUAAGUCUCAACUCGACCCGAGGUUUUCACCAUGCUAUGGGUCCCAAUGGGAUAUUCUAGUUUAUGUUUCUAAAGUUACCAUCAGUUUUCAGCUAGCCUUAUUUUGUAAUUUAACUUUAAAUACAUUAAUCAUUCACUUAAUAUUACGUUCAUUUGACGCUUGCAUACAUUUUGUUUUGUUUUACUAAAUAAUAUAUCUGUAUAUAUUGCAUGAAGUUCUGUCGGAAUGCUAGAAGAAAGACUUACGAGUAUAAACUGGCGCUUUGUGUCUAUUAUUUAAGCGAUUAAUUCGAUUUUAAAUCGAAGAGAAAAUUAUAAAAGACGAGUCCAUAAGGUGACCUGACUAGUUAAGAGAUAGGAAGAGUCAACGAUUGUACGUUUUCGUUUAUUUAAUGCUAAACAUGCUUAUACUUACUUAAUUAUGUAUAAUAAUAUUAAAUUAUGCAUUAGUCUCUUCCUGCAUAUUACUAGUUUAAAAUAAAAUAUAAAUUUACACUUAACAUAAGUAGGUAUAAGUAUCUUAUCAUUAAUCGAAAAUAUACGAAAACUGAAUUCUUGUAUUUAGAAUGAUGUAUGAGUAGGCAUGGGGAAUGUUGUGACGUUUUAGUAUUUUAAUUGUUAGAAAAAAACUGGUAACAUUUUAUAUUUGUAUGCAAGCGUCCGAAAUUGUAGCGUCUGUUCAAAAAUUCCACUAAAAAAAACACUUUCUUUAUUUUCUAUCCAUAUAGCGUCGUCGGUUGUAAUUUAUAACAAGCAUUUUUGGUGUGGGCAUCAGCUCUUUCUUCAAAAUAUAUGGAUCAGAAAAUAACGAAGCCGAAGUCGAAAUGUAGUAACGAGCAGGUCGUUACCGUUACACGCAACCUGACGCUGGCAGGCUCGGCAGGAGAUCAGGACACGGUAUUCGCGACAACUCAGCGAUUUCACAGCGAUUACGGAUUAGUGGUACAUUGACGCUCAAGCUUGAAUUCAAGGAGACCACAGUUGUUCGCGCAGCAAUUUUAUACAGAUUCACGAUCGCUCUGGAAACUCUGAGUUUCCAGAAUACAGAACGUUUAGAGCUACCUAAAAAAUACAAAAAUGGUUGAACAGGCGCGGGCGCCGCCCGCCCAUAUGUUCCCAGCGCGGCGGCGCCCACCGACUCUCUAGGUAGGUACUUGUAGAUCAUAACAUGCCUUACGUUGUAUAAGCUUAAAAGUUAGGUUUUAUCAUUAUAUUUAUAAGUAUACAAUGUUUUUUCUUAAGUUGCCUGUUUCAUGUAACCACGAGGCGUCGAGUCGCUAUGUCGCGAUUAUUACAUUAAUGAUUACUUUAUUUUGUGAGAAGUCUUAAGCUAUUGUAAAUUUUACAGAAAAUUAAAUAAAAAUGUUGUGAAAAAUAAAUUAUAAAAAGUGAUAUAAACAGUG